AUGGCAGUUUCACGCAGUGGCUCCCCUUCUUCCCAGGGUAAAGGUAGCAACAAUCCCAGCCCAAAAACACAUCCACCAGUAACUGUGCUGGCGAUAUACCCUCUCACACUAUUACUCGGCUCCAUAUACUCGGUAAUUUCCCCCACGGCACGUCAAUCGCGAGAUCCGAAGACCAUCGCAACCACUGCCGAAAAACAACAACAACAUACACAUCCAGUCAACUACUUCGCACGAAAAAACAAUAUCUUCAACCUAUACUUUGUCAAGGUCGGCUGGGCCUGGACGACAAUCGCUUUCCUGACUUUGCUCUUAACUCGACCGUAUUACACGAAAGCACCGGCUAAUCUGCGCGGGAAAAGAACGGCGCAGGCGCUACUGCGCUAUUGCUUGGUUACAGGUGCCUGGUUUUUGACGACGCAGUGGUUUUUUGGGCCGGCGAUAAUCGAUCGCACUUUUGUGCUUACUGGAGGGAAAUGUGAGCGGUUGUCGUCGCUGUCGACUGGCGAUGUUGCCUGGGAGGGAAUCAAGGCUAUUCUUACGGCGGCAGCGUGUAAGGCUGCCGGCGGGUCGUGGAUGGGCGGGCAUGAUGUGAGCGGGCAUGUUUUUAUGCUUGUCUUAGGGAGCUCGUUUCUGGCCUUUGAGGCGUUGGGGACGUCCGCUACGUCUCCGUUCCGUAGUGUAGCUGCUAAUGCGUCAGAGAAUACUGAUGAGAAUACCAUCAACAGUAAUAAAGACGACUCGGACGGUGAAAUUCCAUCAAAUAGCAAUCUCGUUUUGAUAUAUGCCUCGAGGUUUGUCUGGACUAUCAUUGGGUUGAGUUGGUGGAUGCUCUUCAUGACGGCCAUUUGGUUUCAUACGUGGGUGGAAAAGCUAUCUGGUCUACUCAUCUCACUCGCUGUCGUCUAUAUUACAUAUAUUCUUCCUCGAAGUCUUCCGUCGUGGGCGGAUAUGAUUGGGAUACCUGGAUAUGAACCAGCUGUGCGUUUAGAAUAG